ACUCCAAUACAAAGAGGACCAUGGACCAGUCUUUCUCUCAUCAAAAACUUUCAUUGUUGUGAGCUGAUUUGAGUGACCUAGUAAGUGUAGAAUGGAAGCAAACAAAGAAAUUAAGAAGAUGAAGAUAUUGUGUCUCCAUGGAUUUAGAACCAGUGGGAGUUUCUUGAAAAAGCAAAUCAGCAAAUGGGAUCCUUCUAUCUUUGCUCAUUUUGACAUGGACUUUCCAGAUGGAACCUACCCCGCAGGAGGCAAAUCCGACAUAGAGGGCAUAUUUCCACCACCUUAUUUCGAGUGGUUCCAAUUCAACGAGGAAUUCACGGAGUACACAAAUUUGGAAGAAUGCAUCUCUUACUUGUGUGAAUACAUAACAAGCAAAGGUCCUUUUGAUGGUUUGCUCGGCUUCUCUCAGGCAUCAACACUAUCAGCUCUUCUACUGGGUUAUCAAGUACAGGGAAGGGUGUUGAAGGAGCAUCCACCCAUGAAAAUGUUCGUAUCAAUAUCAGGGUCAAAGUUCAGGGAUCCAAGCAUAUGUGAGGUUGCCUACAAAGAUCCCAUCAAGGUCAAAUCAGUACACUUCAUAGGAGCCAAGGACUGGUUGAGAUUGCCGUCUGAAGAGCUCGCCACAGCCUUCGACAACCCUCUCAUCAUAAGGCACCCCCAAGGCCACACUGUCCCAAGACUAGAUGAGGAAGCUGUAGAGAAGCUGCAAAUGUGUACCAAAGAGAUCCUCCUCCAAUGCAGAAGUAAUGCAACUCUAGGCAACAACAAAAAUGGCAAAGUGGAGAGUGGGGAAGUAGCAAAGGCUGACAAGGAGAAAAAACUCGAUUGCACCUGCAAGAUCCUAGAGAAGAGAGAAGCUGAUGGAGUACUAGAGGAACUCCAAGCCUGAACCUCUAUAUUGUUCGAAUAAUAAUAAUAAUAAUAUCAAGGUAAAACUCUAAUUUCAGUUCAAGUUUAGAUAUUGAUGUUGAUGUGAUAUUGCGUGGUGAUGGUACAAGAACUUUUGAAAAGCCGUGGUCACAUGCUACAUAAGCAUUAUUACAAUGUUAAAUUGGAUGGAGUGGAUAUAGGACUUAAAUCCGCUAAAUCAUUUUCAUAUGAUGAAAUUACAACACUUUUCAAUACAGAUGAGCACCGAGAUUUGCCUAA